AGUUGUUCAAAAUCAGCUGUUGUAUUUAAUUUCUGAUUAUGAAGUGAUUUUUUUUUAAUAUUAUUUUUAAAAGUUCCUCUUCUGAUAAACAGCGUCAAGCUCCUUUCUAUCAUCAAUCAAAUAAAAUGGAUUUGUUAAAGAAAAAAAUAUUUAGUUAAUUUUCAAGCUUAGUUCAAGCUAGUAUCAAACUUAAAUAGAAAUUUAAAAAAUAUUCUUAUAGUUUAUAUAAAAUAGUUAAAACAGUACAACGUAAUAAUUUUUAUAAAACAAAACACAGCCAACAUGACGCCAAGUCCAAGUGAUACAUAUUUGGGAUUCGAUUUAUCCACUCAGAAAUUGAAAGCUGUUUUGUUGAAUUCAAAUUUGGAAGUACUGGUACAUGCAGAAUUAAAAUUUGAUAUAGAUUUACCAGAAUUUCAAACAGCGGGCGGUGUCAAUACUGGAUCCAACGAAAAUGAGUAUUUUGUUCAGCCUGUUAUGUGGGUUAAAGCGCUUGAUAUGGUUUUGGAUAGAUUGGUUGUACAAGGAGCUAAUUUGAGUACAGUCUCAGCUAUUGGAGGCUCUGCUCAACAACACGGUUCUGUUUAUUGGUCAGAAGAUGGUAUAAAAUCAUUAAAAUCACUUGAUGCUGACAAAUUUUUACAUUUUCAAUUGAGCGAAAAAGCAUUUACAUUGAAUAAAACCCCAAUCUGGAUGGAUGGUUCAACAGAGAAACAAUGUGCAGAAAUGGAAAAAGCAGUUGGAGGUACUGCAAAUAUGGUUGCAAUUACUGGAUCAAAAUGUUAUCAACGUUUUACUGGUCCUCAAAUAAGGAAAAUUUUUCAAACUGCACCGAAGGUGUAUGAGCAUACUUUUGCUAUUUCUCUAGUGAGUAGUUUCUUAGCAUCAAUAUUUAUUGGUGACAUUGCACCUAUUGACUACGCUGAUGCUUCCGGAAUGAAUCUAUUCGAUAUUCAAAAGAAAAAUUGGUCAGAUAUAUGUUUAAAAGCGUGUGCUCCUGAUUUAGAAAAACGUUUGUUGCAUCAACCAGUUAGUACGUGCUCCGUUAUUGGUAAUAUAUGCCCAUUUUUUGUUCAACGUUACGGUUUUAAAACAAAUUGCAAAAUAUCGGCUUUUACUGGAGACAAUCCUUCAGCGUUUACUGGAAUGUUAGUUAGUGAAAACUGGCUAGCAAUUUCUUUAGGCACAAGCGAUACAGUUAUGAUGACACUAUCACAAAAUCCACAUUUAAAGCAAGGGCACGUACUUUGCCAUCCAACAGAUGAUAAUGCAUUUAUGGGGCUUUUAUGUUUUAGAAAUGGAUCUCUCGUUCGUGAUAUUAUCAAACGUGUAGAGGCUAAUAAUAACUGGGACAAUUUUAGUGAAUUACUUAAUAAUUCUCAACGAGGAAAUAGAGGAAACAUGGCUCUACAUUUUCAGACACUUGAAAUAAUUCCAAAAGUUAUUGGAACUCUAAAAUGGAAUGAAAAUCAUAACAGUGAGUCUACAGAAGGAAAAGUGGGACUAAAAAAUUUCAAUUCGGCACAAACUGAAGUUCGUGCUCUGAUUGAAGGUCAAAUGCUUCACCGAAAAUCGGUUGCACAAGACAUGGGAUUCCAUUUUGGUGAAGAUACUAAAAUUUUAGCUACUGGUGGAGCUUCAGUCAACAAAUCAAUUCUUCAAGUUAUGUCAGACGUAUUUAAUGCUCCUGUUUACACAAAAAAAACUAGUGAAGCCGCUCUUCUUGGAGCAGCCUAUAGAGCCAAAUACUGUUUGUAUUUGAAUAAUUUAAAGGCAAAGUCAAAUGGUUAUAUUUUAAAUGGCUGUGGUACAUCUUUCAUGAAUGGUAGCUCAAAACAAAAUGCUGUUCAAAAUGGAGAUAAGAGUGACAUGGAAAAUGGCGAAAUAAUUUCAUACCAAAAGUACAUACUACAACAUUUUUCUAACCCAUCACAUCGUGUUUGUACACCAGGCGAAAAUAGUUCACAGAUUUAUAAUCCUAUGUUAAGUAGAUACCGAGAAAUGGUAAAUGUAUUAAAAAGUAAAAGGACCGAUUCAUUGUGACAUACGAAUUAAAUAACUUAUGACAUAAGUGCAAAAUAUUUUUUGUUUUCUAAUUGAAA